UAAAAACGCUACAAAAAUGAACAACCUCAGGCGACAACAAGAAAUUCCUGCUAAAUGCGACACCUGAAAAACUCGACUAACCUGUCAGUAAACCAACUCUGGUUCCCAUUUCUGUCCUUACCGUCUAUACAUAAGUAGAACCAGUGCGGCGGAUAUAAACAAGGGAGACCACUCCGCAAGAUUAAAAAAUGACAGCACAGUUUACUUUGACCGAGGCAUUCCCUCCAUUAACCAAUGAUCUGAUUCUGCGAGCUGCACGGGGUGAGAGGACAGAAAGAGUACCAGUAUGGUUAAUGAGACAAGCAGGCAGAUAUCUACCAGAAUAUGGUGAAUUUAAAGAAAAGCACAGUGUUGGCUUUUUUGAUAUGGUUAAAACCCCAAGUAUGGCUUGUGAAAUUACUCUGCAGCCAAUACGGAGAUUUAACCUUGAUGCUGCUAUAAUUUUCUCGGAUAUUCUCGUCAUUCCACAAGUGCUGGGUAUGGGCGUGGAUGUUGUGGAAGGAAAGGGUGUAAUAUUUGACUUCCUGCUGCAAACACCAGAAGAUUUGAACAAACUGUACAAGGACGCAAAUGUAUGUUCAGAUCUGAGUUAUGUGUUUGAUGCUAUCACAAUGACCAGACAUGCUCUUAAUGGACAAUGCCCGUUGUUUGGGUUUUCUGGAGCACCUUGGACACUGAUGAAGUUUAUGAUAGAUGGAGGUUCACAUUCACCAUUACCCAAGGCUCGGAAAUGGCUGGUCACAUAUCCUGAUGCCAGUAGAGAACUUCUACAGUUACUGUGUGAAAAAGUUGUGGAUUAUCUUGUCGGACAAGUCAAAGCAGGAGCACAGAUUUUACAAGUAUUUGAUUCCUGUGCUGGCGAGUUGGGACCAGACAUGUUUGCCGAGUUUGCCCUACCCUAUCUUAAAGACAUAGCUUACAGAACCAAAGAAAAACUGCUCGAAGCACAUGUAGAACCAGUCCCAAUGGUUGUAUUUGCAAAAGAUGCCCAUUUUGCUAUAGACGAUCUUGCCAAUAGCGGAUAUGAUGUGGUCUCACUAGAUUGGACAGUUAAACCCACACAUGCAAGGAGAGUAGCUGGAAAAAAUAUAACAUUACAAGGGAACUUUGAUCCUUGUUUACUGUAUUCCCAGGAAAAUGAUUUAAAGAAUGCGGUGAAGACAAUGCUGAAGAGAUUUGGAACACAGCGAUACAUAGCCAAUCUAGGACAUGGUGUACAUAAAGAUGUUAAUCCAGAAAAUGUUGGACUAUUUGUUGAUGCUGUUCACAUGUAUUCAGAAGAAAUGAAUGCUUCCUUAUAACAUGUGCUUGAUUUUAGUAGUAAAUUAUACAUGUACACAUUCCUUAAUCAAAAUUUUUAAACCAUACCCCUCUUCCCAUAUUUCCCAUGAGAGCACAACGUGCCAUAGAUGAGAUCACUCGCUAUUCAUUGUCCACCUCCCCAUAUUUCCCAUGAGAGCACAAUGUGCCAUAGAUGAGAUCACUCGCUAUUCAUUGUCCACCUCCCCAUAUUUCCCAUGAGAGCACAACGUGCCAUAGAUGAGAUCACUCGCUAUUCAUUGUCCACCUCCCCAUAUUUCCCAUGAGAGCACAACGUGCCAUAGAUGAGAUCACUCGCUAUUCAUUGUCCACCUCCCCAUAUUUCCCAUGAGAGCACAACAUGCAAUAUGUUAGCUGUUAUAAUUAUUCGCUAUUCACUUCCGCCAGUCAGCAUCGGUAUUUUCUUCAAACUACAUCUCAUCUGAAACCUUUAUGUGGAUGUUGAUUAAACUGGGAAUGGAUGGAUUUUUCUGGGUGAUCCAAAAUUAUUCAGUUCCGCUUUACUCUGAAUCUGCAGAUCUGUUUUCAAAGUCAUUUGGCAGAAACUGCUGAUCCACCCAGCAAAUAUAAUUUUACUGCACUUUUCUUUCUUAAAUUUUACGCUAACAGUGGCUUUGGGAACAUGAAAUGUUUCUGUAUAAUAGAAUCCUGCUUAAGCUGCUAGGGUGAGGGGUUUUGCUCAUUUUGUUACCCAUAAGUAGUCUCAAAUUCUUAUGCUUUCAAGUGAUUUACUUGAUAAUUAAUUUCUCUUUGCAAUGCAGUCCCUCCUUUUUAUCAAGUAACUAAGAAUAUGUGUUCUAUAUUUGACCCGCACCAUGAGAAACCAACAUAGUGCAUUUGCGAUCAGCAUGGAUCCAGACCAGCCUGCGUAACUGCGCAGUCUGGUCAGGAUCCAUACUGUUCGCUAACGGUUUCUCUAAUUGCAAUAGGGUUUGAAAGUGAACAGUAUGGAUCCUGACCAGACUGCGCAAAUGCGCAGGCUGGUCUGGAUCCAUGCAGGUCGUAAAUGCACUAUGUUGGUUUUCUCAUGGUGCGGCUCAUUUAUGUAAAAGCAUGGCAUUUUAUAGUUUAGUAUAUUAUUUAUUACACUACAUGUAGUAUAUUAUUUAUUACACUGUCAUCUAUCUUUUCAUUGUGCUUCUUAAUUGUAUUUUAGAAUAUUAAUGACCAAUGUUUUUAUGCCCCCCUUCAUAGAAGGAGGGGUAUAUUGUUUUGCAGAUGUCGGUCGGUUGGUCUGUCGGUCGGAAUGUAGACCAAUCCGUUUUCAGAUGAUAACUCAAGAACACUUGGGCCUAGGAUCAUGGAAGUUGAUAGGGAGGUUGGUCAUCACCAGCAGAUGACCCCUAUUGAUUUUGAGAUCUGUAUGUCAAAGGUCAAGGUCACAGUGACCCUGAAUAGUAAAACGGUUUCCGGAUGAUAACUCGAGAACACUUGGGCCUAGGAUCAUGAAAGUUGAUAGGGAGGUUAGUAAUGACCAGCAGAUGACCCCUAUUGAUUUUGAGGUCAGUGUGUUAAAGGUCAAGGUCACAGUGACCCUGAACAGUAAAACGGUUUCCGGAUGAUAACUCAUGAACGCUUAGGCCUAGGGUCACGAAAGUUGAUAGGGAGGUUGGUCAUGACCAGCAGAUAACCCCUAUUGAUUUUGAGGUCAGUAUUUCAAAGGUCAAGGUCACAGUGACCAGGAACAGUAAAAUGGUUUCCAGGCAGUAACUUUAGAACGCUUGGGCCUAGUGUCAGGAAAAUUGAUUGUUAGGUUGGCCAUGACCAGCAGAUGACCCCUAUUGAUUUUGAGGUCAAAGGUCAAGGUCACAUUGGCCAGGAACAGUUAAAUCGGUUUCUGAUCUUCUUGUCCAAAACCAUAGGGCCUAGGGCUUUGAUAUUUGGUAUGUAGCAAAAUCUAGUGGUCCUCUACUAAGAUUGUUCAGAUUAUUUCCCUGGGGUUAAAUAUGGCCCCACCCCGGGGGUCACAUGGUUUAUAUAGACUCAUAUAGGAAAAAACUUUGAAAAACCUCUUGUCCAAAACCACAGGGCCUAGGGCUUUGAUAUUUUGUAUAUGUCAUCAUCUAGUGGUCCUCUACUAAGAUUGUUUAAAUUAUUCCCCUAGGGUGAAAUAUGGCUCCGCCCUGGGGGUCACAUGGUUUACAUAGACUUAUAUAGGGAAAAACUUUGAAAAUCUUCUUGUCCAAACCACAAAGACAAUGGCUUUGAUAUUUUGUAAUGUGGCAUCAUUUAGUGGUUCUCUACCAAAUUUGUUCAAAUUAUUCCUCUCGGGUCAAAUGUGGCCCCACCCUAGGGGUCAUAUGGUUCAUAUGGACUUAUAUAGGGAAAAACUUAGAACCUUCAUGUCCAUAACUUACAUCAUUCAAAUUUGGACCACAUGUAUAGUUUUGAGUGGCAAGAUGAACCUUGACAUGAGUUGACCUUGAUCUUGACCUAAUGACCUACUUUCACAUUUCUGUAGCUACAGCCUUCAAAUUUGGACCACAUGCAUAGGUUUGUGUACUGAAAAAAACUUUGACCUUGUUAUUGACCUAGUGACCUACUUUCACAUUUUUGAAGGUACAGGCUUCAAAUUUGGACCACAUGCAUAGUUUUUUUGUUCCAAAAUAAAAUUUGACCUUGAUUUUGACCUAGUGACCUACUUUCACAUUUCUCAAGCUACAGCCUUCAAAUUUGAACCACAAGCAUACAUUUGUGUACUGAAAUGAACUUUGAUCUUGAGAUUGACCUAGUGACCUACUUUCACAUUUCUGAAGGUACAGCUUUCAAAUUUGGACCACUUGCAUAGUUUUGUGUUCCGAAAUAAAAUUUGACCUUGAUUUUGACCUAGUGACCUACUUUCACAUUUCUCAAGCUACAGCCUUCAAAUUUGAACCACCUGCAUAGUUUUGUGUACCGAAAUGAACUUUGAUCUUGAGAUUGACAUAGUGACCUACUUUCACAUUUCUGAAGCUACAGGCUUCAAAUUUGGACAGCUUGCAUAUUUUUGUGUUCUGAAUUGAAAUUUGACAUUGAUUUUUACCUAUUACCUACUUUCACAUUUCUCAAGCUACAGCCUUCAGAUUUGAAGCACAUGCAUAGUUCUGUCUACCGAAAUGAACUUUGGCCUUGAAAUUGAUCUAGUGACCUGCUUUCACAUUUCUCAAGCCACAGCUUUCAAAUUGGACCACAUACACAUUGGUUUGUACCAAAAUGAAAUUUGACAUUGAUUUUGACCUUGAGCUAGUCUUGAAAUUUGAAACAUUCAAAAAUGGCUCAGUGGAUGGCACAAAGAUCACUCUGUCAUCUCUUGUUAGGUUAAUAGGUUAAAGGUGAAGAUCAGAUUAAACCAGAAUGGUAGAACUUUUCUUUACAGUCAGCAUAUAAUUGCUGUUCCUUGUGCAGUUACUGAAUUCAUCAAGGGGGGCAUUUCGUGUUCGAUGAGCUCUUGUUAUUUAUGGAAAUGACUUUUCAUUUUUAUUUCAAGUAAGUCAGUUUGCCGGGAGUUUACACGAAUUUGUUGCUAUUCUCAGGGACACUAAGACUCAAGAUGCAACACAUGAAUUUCAUAACUCAUAAGUGCAUUAUAACUAAUUUAUGUGGAUUUCAUGGUUUGGUCAGUAAUAUUCCCAUUCAUAUUAUGUUCAAACUUCAAAUUCCACAAAUUUAUAUCCCCACAAUCUGUUUGCCAAGGCCAUGUAAUUCCAUAUCCACAUUACAGUAUUUAAUUAACUGGGCUAGAUAUAUUAACUGUUUAUGCUGUAAUCAUAAACGUUGCUCCAGCAUUUUGUUUUAUAGUCACAUUUUUUGUUCAUGCUGUGUUUACUUAGUCUUGUACAUUUAUUAGAGAUCAGUAUUUUUAACGUUACACACAGGACUGUGUAGUAUAAAUUGUGUAUAUUUUAUAAUAUGAAUUUGGGCAUAAUAUAAAGAAUUACAAACAGCU